AUGGAUCAGGGAAACAAUUUUUAAAUUUAUUAUAACAAUAAAUUUGAAGCAUAUCCUAUUCAAGAUUAUCAUGCUCUUAUUGAAGAGUUGGAAAAGAAAUACGAUGGAAAAUGUUUAUUGUUUGAUUGGCUUUCUGAUAAUCUAGUUACUCCACAAAAUUUAGUGUUGUAUAGAAAAUUGAUACUUUGUAGGAUUAAGGAGAUUCCAAUUCUAUUGAAAAAGAUUUAAGAAUAUGAUGAAGAAUUGAAAUAAUUGACUAUGGAUUAACAACUUUAACAAGAGAAUACAGAAAAAUAAAAUACUAUUUUAGGCAAAGCUAUUUUUGAAAAGUCAGUUGAAGGAAGCGAAAUAAAAGAAUAAGCUAAAAAGCUAGAAAAGGACAAUAAAGCACUUCUAUAAAAGGUAAAAGAGUUAAACGCUAAGGAAUAUAAAAUUUAAUAGCUAAUAACUUAAAGUCAAGAUUUUAGCAAUCAAAUAGGAAACCUAAAUUGUGCUAGAAAAAAUUUAUAAAGUGAAAAUGAUAAAUUAUCAAAGGAAAAUUCACAAUUAAUUCAAUUUAAAUUAAAAUCAGAGCAGUUAGAUAAAGAUUUAUAAAAUUUAGAGUUAGAAUAGAGAGUAUAAAAAAUAUAAAAUGAUGAAUUAAGAAUCUAAUUAUAAGAGGAGGUGAGGUUUUCUUAAUUAUAAUCAGAGCAAUUAUAAAAUGAAUUAAAGCAAUCAAAAGAAGUAAUUGAAAAUUUAAAAAUUGAAUCAGAAAAGUUAUAAAUUGAAUUACUUGAAUCAAAAGGGUAAGUAAAUUAUUAAGAUAAAUCAUCAGAUGAUUAAUAAAAAUUAUCAUAGAAACAAGAAUAAAAUGUUUGUGAUGAUGUUGCUAAUUUUUACACUGAUGAAUAAUAAUAGGAAGACAAAUAAAUAUAUGGAAACCAAAUAAAAUUUCAAGAAAGUAUCAUUAAAAAAAUAUUGGAUGAAAUGCAUUUGAUUAGAUAAAUCACGCUUAGAAAUGAUAAAAGUUCAACUUUUUAGUAGUCAAAUCAGUUUGAGGUAUUGUAAAUAACAUUAAAUGAACAAUAAUUUUAGAAAUGCAUCAAUGAAAAGAACUUUUUCUUUAGGCAAAAUUGUAUUGAUAAAAAGAGAUACGAUGCUUAAAAUAUUCAAGAUGAUUAAAUUUCUAUAUCUGUUAAUGGACAGUAGGUAAUUAUCAUGAAACUACACAAACUUUCAAUAUAUGAGUAUGAAGCUAUUGAUAUCAUUUUAAAUAAAUUGAUUGUAUAGGCUUAUUUUAAAAUAUUUUAAAGGGAUUUCUAAAAAAAUAGCAAGCAACAAAAUUGGAAUUUGAAAAUCCCCAGAUAAUUUCUAGUCAAAGACGAAUUCAACAAUUAUUACAUUUAUUAAGAAUGCCUACAAAUGCAAAUUAAAAAUUUUAUACCCUUUUCAACUACAUCACCAAUUGAAUAAUAUAUUACUUAAUUUUUCAGACAUUGUUACCUAGCAACAAAUAAAAAUUUGGCAUUGACAGAAUGUUAAUAUGGAGAAAACAAUAAAAACGCAGAAAUCGUAAUAACAAACAUUAUAAUACAUUCAAACUACUUAAAAGGAUUUUCAUGUUUUGAUCUAGGGAAAACAAAAAUAGAGGAAUUUGAAGAAAUGCUUAAAUCUCCGGGGGGAACAUCUUAAUAAUUAUGGUCUUAUGAAUUAUAAGAUCUGGCUACAAAAGUUUGGAAUGAACAAUAAUAAUAUUGA